AUCGGGGACUGACAGGGAGGUUGCCAAACGCCAUCUUUAAACCCCACAAGAGGCCAGCUACAGUUGCACCGGGAUGAAAAACACAAUCCUUUUAGCGGGAUAUUUGGUCACAUCGUGACGAUUAUAUGUUCUUUUCCUGGUCUAGUUAUUAUUAAAGACUUGUCCGAUGGGACAGUGAGACAACGGACACAGGGAACCACGAAAGCCUUAAAAUGUUGCUUUCAUAGGCAGACAACAACAAAAGACGGAAAGACAACAACAACGGCUAGCUCGCUAGCAGCCCGCUAGGCACUGCGCUGCAUUCGGAAGCUAACAAGAUUUUAGCUAACGUUAGCCACUUCAGUAGCACUUGCGCUUAAAUUUACCACAACACGGAUUGUAGAGGCUACAAUAUAUUUUGAGCUACCUGUGUCGGGCAGUCCUUCAUUUCUUGGUACUUUCAAGGCCAGCUGUAUGGGAAAAACAACGUUGUUUGCUCCAACUAGCUGAGAGCUAAGUCCCGACUUUUUCCCCCUCUCCCCCGUGGCCCAGCCGGAGAUGCGUGGAAGAUGUCGGUGUCGGGGCUGAAGGCCGAACUGAAGUUUUUGGAGUCUAUUUUUGAUCCAAACCACGAACGAUUCAGGAUAAUCGACUGGAAGCCCGACGAGUUGAGCUGUCAAUUUAAUGUAACCGGGGAGAAGCUGUUAAUUAUCCACUGUAACAUAACGGAGUCUUAUCCAUCUACGCCACCAAUAUGGUUCGUAGACUCUGAUGACCCGAGCUUGGCACAAGUUUUGGAGCGAUUGGAAGAUGUCAGAAAAGGCAGCACCCUGCUUUUGCAGCAGCUGAAAAAACUCAUUUGCGAUCUCUGUCGCCUGUAUAACCUCCCACAACAUCCUGAUGUGGAGAUGCUUGACCAGCCGCUGCCUGCAGGGCCUGUGGGACAAGACCGAAAGCAUGGUACUGAUGAAGUCACAUCUGAAGAGGAAGAGGAAGAAGAUAUGGGAGAGGACAUUGAGGACUUGGACCACUAUGAAAUGAAAGAGGAGGAGCCCGUGGAUGGCAAGAAGUCUGAGGAUGAUGGCAUUGAGAAGGAAAACUUGGCCAUUCUGGAAAAGAUCCGAAAGAACCAAAGACAAGACCACCUGAAUGGUGCAGUUUCUGGUUCAGUUCAAGCCUCCGACCGCCUUAUGAAGGAGCUCCGAGAGAUUUAUAGGUCUCAAAGUUACAAGUCAGGCAUCUAUUCAGUGGAACUUGUAAAUGACAGUCUGUAUGAGUGGCACGUCAAGCUGAGGACGGUGGAUCCAGAUAGCCCUUUACACAGCGAUUUACAAGUCUUAAAAGAAAAGGAAGGAAUGGAUUAUAUUUUACUAAAUUUCUCAUAUAAAGAUAAUUUCCCCUUUGACCCACCAUUUGUCCGGGUUGUAUCGCCUGUGCUUUCUGGAGGUUACGUUCUUGGAGGAGGCGCCCUGUGCAUGGAACUUCUCACCAAACAGGGUUGGAGCAGUGCCUAUUCCAUUGAGUCUGUCAUCAUGCAGAUUAAUGCCACUUUAGUCAAGGGAAAAGCCAGAGUACAGUUUGGAGCCAAUAAGAACCAGUAUAAUCUUGCCAGAGCACAGCAGUCCUACAAAUCCCUGGUUCAAAUUCAUGAAAAGAACGGCUGGUACACACCCCCUAAAGAGGAUGGCUAAAAGAGACUAUAGCCUUUUCUGCACUGGGACCAUGCAUUACUAGAUUCUGUUUUUCUUGCGACCAAUUCUGUUUUGAUCCGGCAAGUGGUUUUGUUCUCUGCGAGACAGUUUGAACUCCAAACCAAAAUUCCUCACCCAGAAACUAGCACACACAUAUAUAAAUAUAAAUAUAUAUAUAUACUUGCUACUGUAACGGGUGCCCUCCCCUCAGAUGCUCAUUUUUUUUUCUCCACAUCUGUUGUAUGAUGCAAUCAAACUUUUUUUUUUUUUUUUUAAUGUUGAUUCUUUAACCGAGGACAUAGGGAGUAAAACAUCAUGCAAACUUGCCUUUUGUUUUGGGCAUUGAGCAUGUCAGAGUUCUUUGCAGGUUUUGAGUUGCGCAGCAUGGCUUCAUCCUCCAGUUCCCAGACUCUGCUGCUGCGGCCGCAGACCUGAUCAGAUGUGACAUUUCCUGACACGAUCGGCUGGGAAAGACCAUAUGAAAAGCUGCAUUCUCUUUAUGGACCAUCUCCAAUAUUGUGCUAUUCUUUUUAAUGCUUUGAAAGAAAAAGGGUCCAACCUUUCUGAGGCUAGUUUGCAGUUACACCCAAUAUCUUAAAACUCCCCACAAACAAGACGGGAACAAGAUGAAGAAAUUUUUUUUUUUUUGGAUGGGUGUGAGAGCCCAUCUGUGGCGACCAGCAUGCUGCUGACUUUCAAACUUGGAGACCACCGUCAUCCCAACACUCGGCUGGAAACCUGCAGGGUUUGAUGCAGCAGAACACGAUCGGGCAGUGCAGAGGCGUGUUUGGAAAUGUAGUUGAUUUUAACUCCACUGUAUAACUGUAAAUUUGUAUUUCUGCAAAAAAAAGAAGAAAAAAAAGAUUUAACUGUUUAUAUUGUAACAUUGUCUAGGUCUUUGGCUGGGCAGAGACUGUAUUGCUAUAUACACUUCUCUUUUUAGGGCACUGCAGCUUUUCAAUGCCCGUUUAAAAUUCAAGGAAAGAACGUUGCCUCGUGAAUACUCCUUAAAUAUCUAAAUGAAACUAAACAUUUUUAUAUUUAAGUCUAAUGACUACUGCAGUUUUGUUCUUUUUUUCCCCCCUUAUUUUUCCAAAUGUGACAGUACCACCUCCUGGUUUGAUGCGACUGAACGAUAAUGAGACGUAGAAAAACUUUACAUGUCGAGUCUCAGUCAGUAUCGUGGACUCCUGUUGAACUGAUGUUUCAAAUCCCCUGGUUUAGUUCUCUGAUCUGGUCGUUCAUCCUAACCACUUUGCCGGUUGGCUGUCCGGGACUCAAGUGUCCUUUUGACUCACCCUCCACCUCAUGGCUGCUUUCAAAAAAGCCGCCAAAGUCUUAGAAGAUCAGCAAUAUCCUCCCAUCUUUUGACCUUUCUCCUGUCCAGAAGAGCCAGGCUUUCUUUGGAUGUUGAAAUAUUGGUUCAGACUUGCCACAGGACAGACUUGGCUCUUCCCGUCACCACCUGCCUGGUUGCUAUUCAUGACGACUCUCAGCGCCGCCGUACUCCUCAGGGCGCUGCGGCUUUGAUGUAAUGUGAAAAAUAUGCAGAAAAGCGUGUGAAGCAUUCCAAUUAAUGCAGUUCCAUGUUUGUUGUGGUUGUUCCGUUUGGUUACUUGCAUUGUUUUGGGUAUAUUGUCCCGAUAACCAACAUGUAAUUGUACUAUUUUAUACAGACAGCCCUCAUUUGAAUUGUGUUGCAUCAGAUGAGUGUCAUUUUUUUCUCCCUGUUUUCUGUUUAGAUUUGAUCGAUUCUCCCUCUUUGUUCUCCUUCAGCAAACCACAGAUCAUUGGUAUGGGCUGUUCUGACCCGUGUAGAAAACGACCCAUCUCCUUGUUUUGUUACAUUAAGCCCACUCCUGCAUUAUCGGUAAAAAAGUAUCAAACUCAGGAAUACAAACUGCACACUUUGCAAGAGACUGGUUCAGAAUAUUAACAAAAAUAGCAAGAUUGAAUGUGUUCUGGUUUUUUCCCCGUUCUCCAUUGUGAAAAUCUACCUUUUAUUUUUUCUUUUUACCUGUGGCAUUCUGCUGGUGCAUUCCACACAUUUUUGAUGAAACACAUCAAGAGUUUGAUUGCUGAGAGAUGUGCAGUGCAGAUUACGCCCUCAGAUUGCCCUGAGCUUUGAUGAUGGGAUCCGAUCACGUCGACCUCCUUCUCUUUGAUAUUGCUGUAACGCGCAUGACCGAAUAACAUGGAGCGGUUCCGCUGGGUGACUUGAAAGACUUAAAAAAAAAACGUCCAUCUUUUCAUGUCACUGUUUUGUCUCCCACUGCAUCAGCGCACAAGUUUCAAGCUCUGGUUGUUAUUCUCUUGGAUUAAAUGUACAAAUAACUUAAGGCAGUCUGUUGCAGCACAAACGCUGCUUUAAGAUGCUCAAUUUAGGAAAUCUGGAGUAUAUAUACUGCAUAACAGUUUGUCCAUACAUGUUUGACUAACACAGUCGUCUCUGUCUAAAGCGGCCCUGGUCUAAGAACUGAACCAGCCUGAUUCUGGUCCUCUACCUUGCUUCCUUAACAAUGGUGGCCGGGUUAUAAAGUUAUGCACUGAAAGCAUGCUUUGGUUUGGUUUCCUUUUCUCAUUGCAAGGGUGAUUUUGACAAUGUAAAGUAAUUUGUAAACUUGCAUCAAGUUUAUGAAUAAAGACUUUUAUGAAACAAA